AUGUCACAAAAGUUUCCUUUAUUAAAAAACAAUCUUUUGUUAAGAACUUUAAACGGAGAAGACGUCGAAAGACCACCAUGCUGGAUAAUGAGACAAGCUGGAAGAUACUUGCCUGAAUAUCAUACAGUGAAAAAGGACAAGAAUUUUUUUGAAGUCUGUAGAGACGCAGAAUUAGCCUCUGAAAUUACAAUACAACCAAUUAGACACUAUAAAAACCUUAUUGAUGCCGCAAUUAUCUUCAGUGAUAUAUUGGUUAUCCCUCAAGCCAUGGGUAUGGAUGUCAAAAUGAUAGAUGGUGUGGGCCCAUCUUUUCCAAAUCCACUAAGGACAAUCUCUGAGUAUGAGACUGUAUUGAAUUAUAAGGUAGAUGUCGAGAAAAGUUUACAUUGGGCUUUUAAAGCUAUUACAUUGACUAGAUUAAAACUGAACGGUGAAGUCCCGUUAUUUGGGUUUGUUGGUGGCCCUUACACCUUAUUAACUUAUAUGGUUGAAGGUGGUGGAUCCCGUUUGUUUAGAUUCAUCAAACAGUUGAUCAAUGAACAUCCAGAAUGGGCACAUAAAUUAUUACAGAAAAUUACUGAUGUGGCAGUAGAGUUUUGUGUUAAGCAGGUCCAAGCAGGUGCACAAGCUUUGCAAGUCUUUGAAAGUUGGGGUGGUGAAUUGUCAUCAAGAGAUUUUGAUGAAUUUUCAUUACCUUAUUUGAUCCAAAUUAAUGAAAGAGUAAAACAGAUCCUUGGUAAGGAUAAAGUUCCAAUGAUUGUUUUUUCUAAAGGUUCUUGGUAUGCAUUGGACAAAUUAUGUGACUCUGGUUAUGAUGCUGUUUCCUUAGAUUGGUUGUGGAAUCCAAAAGAUGCAGUUAAAAUCAAUAACGGGAGAGUCACAUUACAAGGGAAUCUAGACCCAGGUGUGAUUUAUGGUAGCAAUGAAGUGAUCACCGAAAAAGUUAAGUAUAUGAUACAAUCUUUUGGUGGUGGUAAAUCUAAAUAUAUUGUCAAUUUUGGUCAUGGAACUCAUCCUCAUAUGGACCCUGAAAAAAUUAGGUUUUUCCUAGAAGAGUGUCACAGAAUAGGAUCUACAUAA